CUUUGCGCGUUUCCUUCCUUCAGUUCCUGUGGUGCUGACAGCACCCGGGAGACCGACCCUCUUGUGAAAAAAGUGCUUGAUUUGUGUCACCUUCCCGUAGUGUGGAAGGAACAAAGAUACCUAUCUUACGGAUCGUCGCUCCAGGAAGAGAUUUUCAGUGUGAUCUUGAAGCGUAUUAACUUCUUAGUGACAUUAAUACGGACCUGAACUAUGACAUCAAGAAGUUCUGGCACAACAUUUCCUCGGAAAAAUUACAGGUUAAGCACCGAGCCUGAAAAGUCCAAAGUUGCAGGAAUAGUGAACAGCAAGCUCCUGAAUGAUUAUCUUCAUCGUAUCUUUCCCAGUGCUGAUGGAACUCAACCUUAUGCUGCAUGCAGGAAGCAUCUAUCAUUUCAGAAUCUACAAGAACAUAUAGAACAAUUAUUAGCAGAAAAUGCCAGCUCAGAAGAUGGUCAAGAUCAAAUUGUAGAUGGCAGACUUGGUCCUUCAACUGUAGUGCUGGAUCAUACCAGUGGUUUUGAGGGGCUCCUGCUAGUAGAUGAUGAUCUACUUGGAGUGAUUGGGCAUAGUAACUUUGGUUCUAUUAGAGCUACUACCUGUGUGUAUAAAGGUAAAUGGAUCUAUGAGGUACUGAUUUCAUCCCAAGGUCUCAUGCAAAUUGGCUGGUGCACUCUCAAUUGUCGGUUUAAUCAAGAGGAAGGAGUUGGAGACACACCAGAUUCAUAUGCUUAUGAUGGGAAUAGAGUGCGCAAGUGGAAUGUGACUACAACCAACUAUGGGAAAUCUUGGGCAGCAGGAGAUAUUGUCAGCUGCUUAAUAGACCUUGAUGAGGGAAACAUUUCUUUCUGUUUGAAUGGUGUGUCUCUGGGGACUGCUUUUGAUAACAUUUCAAGAGGCUCUGGCAUGGCCUAUUUCCCUGCCAUCAGUCUGUCAUUCAAGGAAUCCGUUGCUUUUAAUUUUGGCAGCCGCCCACUCCGCUAUCCAGUGGAGGGAUAUCAGCCCUUACAGGAUAAACCAACUGCAGAUUUGGCGAAAGCUCACAAGCUGCUGGGAUACCUCAACAAUGUUAUUAAUAUAGGCAUAGAUGUUUCGGAAGGGAAGCUGGUAGAAAGAGACUCUUCUACUUGGCAACUCCAAGGGGAACCAACAAUACUCAUCACCCUGGCACACAUUUUUAACAAUUUUGCCCCUCUUAUGUGCAAAGUGUACUUAGUGGAAGAUGUGCUCAUGAGUUUCCUGCUUGGCAUCUUGGAAGGGGGAGGAGCUGUAGAAGCACAUCCUCUUAUUCAGCAGUUACUGGAUCUUAUGUGGCUUCUCAUGGAGGAUUAUGAAGUACAUGAAUGCCUCAAGCAGCUGUUGAUGUCCCUGCUCAGAGCAUACCGCUUUUCUCCCAUAGUUCCUGAUCUUGGCUUACAGAUCCAUUAUCUUCGUCUUACCAUUGCUAUCCUAAAACAUGAGAAAUCCAGGAAAUACUUGCUCCAUAAUGUCUUAUUUGAUGUCCUUCGCUCAGUUGUGUUUUUCUAUAUCAAGUCCCCCUUACGUGUGGAGGAAGCUGGCUUACAGGAGUUGAUACCCACCACCUGGUGGCCAAAUCGUUUCAACAAGGAGGGCAAAGAGAGUAAAGAGGUAAAGAAUGAGAGUGCUGAGGAGAGACUGAGGAGGCGAGCAUAUGAGAGAGGGUGCCAGCGGCUUAAGAAACGCAUUGAAGUGGUGGAAGAACUUCAAGUACAGAUACUGAAGCUGUUGUUAAAUAAUAAAGACCAUAGUGUGGGAGGAGCUUCCAGAUACAUCUUUCUAAAUAAAUUCCGCAAAUUUCUUCAGGAAAAUGCCAGCAAUCGAGGGAAUCUGACCGUGUUAUGUCCUCCAGAAUAUAUGGUGUGUUUCUUGCAUCGACUUAUAGCAGCCUUGAGACAUUAUUGGGAUGAACAUAAGGUGAAGAAUGCAUCAGCACUGAGUAGUGAAGAUGCUUAUGUUCCCCCUCAGCUCUUUUAUAAUGGGAAGGUGGAUUACUUUGACCUCCAGCGACUUGGGGGACUCUUAUCUCAUCUCAAGAAAACUUUGAAAGAUGAUUUGGCCUCAAAGGUGAAUAUUCUAAUUGAUCCUGCAGAACUUCAGGCUGUGACAAUGGAUGAUCUUGAUGAACAUGAAGAAUCAGCAGUGUCAACAGCACAACGUCCAGCUGCUGCACUGGCAAUUGGGGGAGCCUUGGCCAGGCCAAGCUGGCUCAGUUCCCCCACCUUGGGGCGAGCUAACCGUUUCCUCAGUACUGCAGCUGUCAGCCUGAUGACCCCAAGGCGAUCACCAGGUGCCCUAGAGAAGGUUAAAGUCCGUACAUUGAACAUGGAACAACGAACAGAGGAGGACAUUGAAGGCAGCCAUGGAAACGAGGGUCUUCUACUGGGGAAACCUACAGAAGAGCCGGAUCAACCAAUAACUGAGAAUUCUCUCUUGGAAAUCUUGGAUGGAAUAGUCAUGAUGUACAACCUCAGCGUGCAUCAGCAGCUUGGUAAGAUGGUAGGUGUUUCUGAUGAUGUGAAUGAGUAUGCUAUGGCAUUGAAAGAUACUGAAGAAAAGAUCAACCGAUGCCCAGAGAGGAGGAGAGAUAUCUGUGAAGAAUUAGUGAAGAGUCAAAAAGUUUUUUCUGAGAAGCUGAAUCACCUGAGUCGCCGACUUGCCUGGAUCAAUGUUACUAUUUAUUCAAAGGAGAAAAUGCAAGAUAUAUACUGGUUGUUACGAGUGUGCAUUCGUACGAUUGAACAUGGAGACAGAAUUGGCUCACUCUUUGCAUUCAUGCCUGAAUUUUAUCUGAGUGUAGCAAUGAAUAGCUACAGUGCUCUCAAGAACUACUUCAGUCCUGUCAAUAGCAUGGAAGAACUUCCAGGCUAUGAAGAUACAUUGACACGCCUUGCUGCCAUUUUAGCCAAGCAUUUUGCUGACCCAAGAAUUGUAGGCACAGACAUUAGAGACUCCCUAAUGCAAGCAUUAGCCAGUUACGUUUGCUAUCCCCACUCACUUCGGGCUGUAGAGAGAAUUCCGGAAGAUCAACGAAUAUCCAUGAUGAGGAAUCUGCUGGCCCCAUAUGAGCAAAGACCCUGGGCACAGACUAACUGGAUUCUUGUACGACUGUGGCGUGGCUGUGGAUUUGGAUACAGGUACACGCGGCUUCCUCAUCUGCUGAAAACAAAGCCGGAAGAUGCUAAUCUACCAAGCUUGCAAAAGCCAUGUCCAUCCACCUUGCUGCAGCGACACAUGGCGGAUCUGUUGCGCAGUGACCAAGAAAUGGCACCCAGUUUCCUCAAUAGUGUCCUUAACCAAUUAAACUGGGCCUUCUCAGAGUUUAUUGGCAUGAUUCAAGAGAUCCAACAAGCUGCAGAACGCCUAGAAAGAAACUUUGUAGAUAGUCGCCAAUUGAAGGUGUGUGCAACUUGCUUUGAUUUGUCAGUGAGCCUUCUCAGGGUCUUGGAAAUGACUGUCACUCUAGCUCCAGAGAUCUUCCUGGAUUGGAAUCGCCCUUCUUCAGAACUAUUACUCAGGAGACUUGCACAGCUGUUAAAUCAGGUGCUGAAUCGUGUAACAGCUGAGCGGAACUUGUUUGACAGAGUGGUCAACCUUCGCCUGCCAGGACUGGAAAGCGUAGACCACUAUCCAAUCCUUGUGGCUGUGACAGGAAUUUUAGUCAGGCUUCUUGUUGAUACUGAUUUUCAGGGCAACAGUGUCCAGAAUAAGACAUAGUAUUCAAGGUUGGGUCUUGAACAAGAAGACAACUGAAG